AUGCUCGUGUUUGAAGACAACACCAUAUGUCUUGAACUACCUCUCAAGUACCCAGAAAUGAUACAGGUCACGUUCAUUCCAGACUUACCUGGGCCUCUUACGAUCAAAAUCGUACCGUCCACUUGCACAACCACGAAAUCUCCUGAGAUGCCCAAGGACAAACAUCCAAACUCGCGAACUUUUAUUUGCCCAGCAAUAGAUGACUCUCCCAACAUGCCCUCCACCAUGCCCUCCAGCGAGUCCUUCGCCAUACAAACCUAG